GUCAAAACUUCGCCAAAUUCUCAUCAGUUUCCAACAGUCCGCCUCCUUACCUCGUUCUACCAUCUUCUUCCUUGCCGGUGCUCUCACCCUCUACUGUAUAUAUCUAUUCUCUUGCCUUAUCGUCUAAAUAUCCACAUCGAUCAUGUCUACCGACUCAGCAAUGCUUUCUGACGACAACCGUCCUGCCACUUCCUCUCCUAAUGGCCAUGCCAACGGUAAGAAUGGCACAAGUGCUACCGAGCAGCUCAGUGAUGAAGAGGAAAUUCCUUUGUCUCAAGUGACACGCACGCCCUACUCCUCUGCGCAACCUCCCAGGCAGAAGCGUAAAAGAGCUGUAUACUAUGAAUCGUCAAGCGAGGAUGAUACGCCGCUCGCCUCUUCCCCGUUGAAGCCCUCUUCUGACGCCGUAACCAAGCCAGGCGCUAUAAACGCCACUACCGUACCGGCGUCUCUGGUCAAUGGUAAAGGAAAAGGAAAAGCCGUCAAGGAAGAAUACACAGAAUGCGAAACACCCGAUGACGCGCCAUCCAAGGCCAAAGUGAACGCCAACGGACGAUCUAAGCGUCCGGCUAGGAAGAAAGCCAAGCACGACGACGACGAUGACGACGACGAAGCAGUCUCUGAUAGUGGCGAUUCAACCCCACCUACUAAGAAGAAGAGAGCUGUACCUCGGAAGCGUAAAGCUAAAGAGCAAAGCGAGCCGGAACCGGAAUCCGAAGACGAUGCGCCUGUCAAGAAACCUUCGAUUCAGCGCGCGACGAAAAAGGUGAAGAAAGAGGAUGGAGGAGGAGCUACAUCUGAGGUUGAUGCUUCAAAGCCGAAGAAGCGUGGUACGAAGAAGGAAAAGGAAGGGAAAGAGAAGGGCAAGGGCAAGAACAAGAAGGAAGAGGAAGAGGAAGAGGUGUUCAGAUGGUGGGAGGUAGGGGGGGGCGACGGCUCCGUAAAGUGGAAAACCCUCGAACACAACGGUGUAAUAUUCCCGCCUCCGUAUGAACCUUUGCCUCUUGACGUUAAAAUGAAGUAUGAUGGAAAGGAAGUCGAUCUGCCGCCUGCGUCUGAGGAGGUUGCUAGCUUCUAUGCUGCCAUGAUAGAAACCGACCACGCCCAAGAUGCAACUUUCAACAAGAACUUCUUUGACGAUUGGAAGAAAGUCUUAAAAGCAAACCCUCCUCUCAAUGGUACAAAUAUAGUCUCAUUUGAGCUCUGUGAUUUCAGCCCAAUGUUCCAGCAUUUCGAAACUGAAAAGGCUAAGAAGAAGAGUUUGCCGGCGGCAGAGAAGAAAGAGCUGAAGAAGGCGAGGGACGACAUGGAGGCCAAGUAUACGACUUGUCUAUUGGAUGGACGCAAAGAAAAGGUGGGCAAUUUCCGCGUAGAGCCUCCGGGUCUAUUCAGGGGGCGUGGCGAGCAUCCUAAGAAAGGAGCACUAAAGUUCCGUGUUCGUCCAGAAGACAUAACGCUUAACAUUGGCAAAGAUGCACCCAUUCCUGUCCCGAACAUGCCAGGAAAAUGGAAGGCAAUCCAACAUGAUAAUACCGUUACGUGGCUGGCGAACUGGACAGAAAACAUCAACAAUAGUCACAAGUACGUUUUCUUAGCCGCAGGCAGUUCGCUUAAGGGACAAAGCGAUAUGUUGAAGUUUGAGAAAGCCCGUGAACUGAAGAACCACGUUGACCGAAUCCGGCAAAACUAUAAUACAGACCUGAGGUCGAAAGUAAUGGCUGAUCGACAGCGUGCGACGGCCAUGUAUUUUAUCGACAAACUUGCGCUUCGUGCGGGUAAUGAGAAAGGAGAAGAUGAAGCUGAUACUGUAGGCUGCUGCUCUCUGCGUUGCGAACAUCUGACGCUGGAAUCCCCAAACACCAUCGUUUUCGAUUUCCUUGGCAAGGAUUCGAUCCGUUAUUACAACCAAGUCCCCGUCGACCCUCAGGUCUUCAAGAACAUCCGGAUAUUUAAGGAGAAUAAAGAGGACGAGGAUGCCUUGUUCGACCGUGUCAACACUUCUUCCCUGAAUAAGCAUCUGACAAGUGAAAUGAAGGGUCUUACAGCAAAGGUUUUCCGUACUUACAAUGCAUCUAUCACGUUCCAGAAACUCUUGGACGAGAAAGAGGAGGAACUCAAGAAUGCGACGCUACAGGAAAAGCUCAACGCCUACAAUCAUGCCAAUCGCCUUGUCGCCAUUCUAUGUAACCAUCAACGUGCAGCUCCUAAGACCCAUGACCAAUCGAUGGAAAAGAUGAGAUAUAAGUACCGAUCACUCAAAUACGAGCGCAUGAAAAUGCGUCACGCUCUCUUUGCUCUUGAUGACAGCUACAAGUCGGAUGACAAGUAUGCUGAUGAUGAAUCCGAGAUCGACGAUGAUUGGAUCACUACUCAUGAGGAAAGUAUGAGGGGCAAGGAUAUGGAAAAGGCCGAGAAGAAGUUCGAAAAGGACAACGAGAAGCUCAUCGAAGACGGUAAAGAACCUCACGGCCAGUCUGUGCUCGAUAGCAAGAUCAAGGCUAUCAAGGACGAAUACAAGAGACUGGCGAAGGAGCGGGGUACGAAGAAGGCGAAGUCGAACAAAACAGCGGAAAAACUGGAAGAAGCAAUCGAGAAACUUGGACAGAGGAUCAAGGCUUUUAAGCUCCAGAUGGUCGACAGAGACGCUGGUAAAGAGGUUGCACUGGGCACUAGUAAAAUCAAUUAUCUAGACCCUAGAAUAACGGCUGCUUGGUGCAAAACCCACGAUGUCCCGAUCGAAAAGCUUUUCUCGAAGACCCUCGUCACGAAAUUCCCUUGGGCACUGGAGGCAGACGCCUAUUGGAAAUUCUGAAGUGUCUCCCUUUAAUUACUGUGUGAUACAUUUCAAGGAUUAGGCUAGGACGCUUGGGGCGUGGACACUCAAUGUUUCGUUAUACACACCACUCUUAUUAUUUUUUAUGUCCUCGCAAUGUCUUACAUAGAAACACAUUUGUAGCCUUUCUGAAUGAGAAAUACUCAAAAGAUUCGA